GGUACAUACAUUAAUACUGCCCUGAAUUUCAUGGUGGUUGGCAUUUAUUUAAAAUAGUUUUAUAAAAAAACUCUUCUUUUCAAUUACUUAUAAACAUAUUUACAAACUUACAUAUUUGUUUCUGAAACAAAUAUUGACACUAAAAUACAUAUAAAAAUAUAAACAGCUGAUUACGAUAUUUAAUUUAUUGCAGUAGGCUACACCAAAAAAAAAGUAAAAUGUCACUAAAAAUGUACUGAAAAAAUCUGGUUGUUAAUGUACCUACUGUAAUUUACAUAAAAAAUAAGCCUACAAAAAAUUCUCGCCAGUGAUCAAUUGGGAACAAGUGAAUAAAGUUACAGUUUUGUGUCCAGUGGUGAAUAACAGGCGAAGUGCAUUUAGGGAAUCUUCUUUUUUGGAGAAUCACUGUAGACGAAAAAUUGCUUAGCCGAGUGGAUAAUGUGGCGCUUCGGUUGAACAUAUGCGGCGAAAGUAGAUAGUGCUGCAUCGCAAUGGCGUCGGUGUGGAAACGACUGCAGCGCGUGAACAAGCGCGCCGCUAAAUUCGAGUACACCGCCUCUUACCAUCGGAUCGAUCUAGAGACUACGCCUAAAUGGAAACCCAACAAGUUGAGUAUAGUGUGGAGCCGUCGGUCGCGGCGCGUGGCCACGGAGCCACGCGACUGGGAGCCCUCGCUCAAGGAGCCUCUCAAAGGCUCGGUAAUAUUUCCCCUGCCCGAGAAUCAUACGGUAGCGGUGACGUUGUUCAAGGAUUCUCGCACCAACGAGCUAGAAGAUAAGGACUGGACGUUCGUAUUAGAAGAUGUAUCUCCUACCGGCAAACGUCGUCGCGUGGCGUGCUGCAACAUCAACAUGCGCAAACAUGCCAGUUUAGAACCGUCACAUAGAACGUUACGUCUCAAACUAGACCCGUCUACGGGGAAGGUAGCAUCUGCGUCUAUACAUUUGACGCUACAUUCGGUGUUACUGCGCGAAGGACCAGCUACCGAUGAAGACAUGCAGUCCGUAGCUUCCCUAUUGUCGGUGAAUAACAAUUCAGACAUCGCUGUGUUAGAAGAUUUGGACGAAGAUGACAUCACACUAUCCGACCACUCCACUAAGCAGAUGUUAGAUCUCCGUCAACAAAUGGAAGAGAUGACCCAAAGCCUCACGAGCAGCGAUAUAGCCUGCACCCCCAACAGUGUACAAAGCCUAAAGUUAGACCCAAAUACUCCCACCUCCCUCCCUUCCCCCACCACGCCAACUAAUCAACCCAGUUUAGGGGAGAUCUCCCCAAAACCUCAAGAACAACGACCAGCGGUUAAGGAACAAGUCUACACUUCUACGCCUCUAUUGGAUGAUAGUUUAAAAGCUGCUGUUUUCAAAACGCGGACGGUGGCCAAAAGGAACCUUAAGCCUUUAGAGUUAAAGUCGAACUUGAACAACAUCGGUUUGGACACCAAUUUCAAUGAAAACGACGCCGACAAAACUCCCACUGCGGCGGAUAGGACGCACAGCCUGUUCCCCGCCGAGAAGGAUAAUACGCCUGUGGGUGACUUACUCCGUUGGUGCGACGGCGUUACUCGUGAAUACGGAGCCAGGGCCGCGUGUGAAGCCGGCCUCAGAUCCGGCCUCGCCUACUGCGCCAUCAUACAUAGAUACAGACCCGAUCUGAUUGACUUCUCAGGCUUGCAGCCUGAAGACGCGGAAGGAAACCUCAAAGUGGCUUUAGAGGCAAGCGCAGCUCUCGGACUACCGAAGGUUUUGUGUCCCGCCGAUGUACUGCGACCUACGCCUGACAAACUGGCUAUCAUGACAUAUCUCUUUCAAUUGAGAGCUUAUUUUACUGACAACGAGCUGCAAGUGGAACAGUUAGGUAACGACGAGACAGAAUCAUCGUACCUGGUGGGUAGGCACGAUACGGACGGCGCUCUGCCUAGAGACCUGUUCUCGAGAGAAGUUGCUACGAGGCGAUCGAGAAACCUUAUACCGAGGCAAAUCAACGGGCCCAGUCCGGAACGCGGGGCGGAAACGGCCCGGCCAGUGAGUUCGCCGAACGAACCCAAACCCACGGCUCAAUGGUUCGCGCCGCUCACUCCGCCACAGCCAAUUACUCGCCCCGAACGCCUGAUGACUCGCAAAGAACUGACAGAUCCUUUCGGAUCAGACGAAGAAGAUGAAUCACCACAACAUAUAGUUAAAAACGACCAAAAACCACAUAUAGAACCGGCGACCACAGACCCUUUGAAUUGUCUCGCCCAAUCAGAAACAGAUAACCAAACGCCACUCAACGAUAACCGGAACCUGCCAGCCGAUAACCGGAACCAACCGGGCGAUAACCAGUCACAACCUGUCGAUGAAGACGGCAAAGCGCAGAAAGCACCUACCCCAGAAUUACCAAAACCGACGCCUCCAAUGACAGAGGAAGAGAGACAAGCGAUGUUACGCGAGCGAGCGAGAAAGCUUAUAGCGGAUGCGAGAGCAGGAAUAUUAAGCCCUACAUCGCCCCUAUCGCCGUCCAGAACGAGGCCCACGCUUGAAAUCAUCUCUAAACAGUCCCUCAUGGAGGAAAUAGCAGCAGCGGGUGGCGGGGUAGACUUGGUAUCGGCCGCGAGUCCAUCACGGCGCAGUCGCAGUCCAGCCACGCCUGAUGCAGACGAUUUGAGCUCGAGCAGCGGUCGCGAAGGCCGGGGUUCUUUGAGCGGUUCCCCGUUGAGGUCAUUUUCUGCGCUCGUGGAUAGACUCACGCCGGACAAGGAUAUACCCGACGAAAAUCGCGAGACCGGCUCCUAUAUUCAAAGCGAGCUAGAGGCUUUGGAACGCGAACAAAAAGCUGUAGAUGAAAGAGCAGCCGCGUUGGAGAAACAACUGCGACAAGCCAUGGAGGCAAAUGGAAACACAGAUGAGGAAGACAGAUUAAUGUCGCAAUGGUUUAAUCUCGUCAACAAGAAAAACGCACUCCUGCGCAGACAGAUGCAACUUAACAUACUCGAGCAAGAAGAGGAUCUGAGUCGUCGCUGCGAGUUGUUGGCUCGGGAACUGCGCCUGUCGCUGGGAGUCGACGAGUGGCGGAAAACGCCCGGACAGAAGCGACGCGAGAGAUUACUGCUGCAGGAGCUGCUCUCAGCUGUGAACGAAAGAGAUAGACUGGUGCAAGAAAUGGACGAGCAGGAGAAAGCGAUAGCGGACGACGACGCGAUAGAGCGCAACCUCUCCCAAGUGGAGAUCCAACGCAAAAACAACUGUAUCCUCCAGUGAAUAGGGCCUAAAGUCGAACGGACGCUUGCAAGACAAUUCUUUAUCGUUCUUAAUGACCUUAGUACAACGAACAGAAUGUGUUUUGUUAAAACAUCCCUGUUAUAAGUUUCGCAUGGUUUUCAUAUUAUUUAAGUUUGAAUUCGUUUUUUAUGUUUAAAGGGUGACAAACAGACAAACAGAAACACAACACCACCAACAAUUUUUGUUGUUCUAUUGUGAUUUUCUGUAAAGUACUAGAUACUAGUACUGACAAAGUUAUUAUGCUGCAAUUAAAGUUACUUUAAAGGAACUAAAUUACUGGCUUUACCAGUAGUAUAUAUAUUGAUCAUUCUUGGUCGGUGGUGUAGAAGAGAGAUUUUAAUAUUGUUCUAAUAUUAAAAAAAAAAUAGAAAUGUGUCAAGAUUUGUCAUUUUUUAUAUUUUGAUGUAUCAACAAUUAAGGUCCAGUGGGUACAGUUGCAGUAGGGUCAAAUCUUGAAGGUCCAAUAUGCACAUUAAAUAUAAAAAAAUUAAGAAGGUCAAAUGGGCCAUAUAAAUGAGUUCCAAUGGGCACUUUUUGCUUUCGGGUCGAAUCUUGACGGUCCAAUGGGUACUAGACUGUAUCAGUAUCAAAUACUGACGAUAUACUGUUAUUGAAGCAACAUUAGAGACACUUGCGUAAAAAAGUUAAAUUUAAUUAAAACUUAAAUUGCACAUUGCGAUAAUAACAGUAAAAGGCAACGGAUGAUAUAAUGAAGCAUUAGUUUCUCUGACUCGAGUCUCUGAGUUACGGUGAAAAUAAAUGUUUUUAAUGCGUUUAAAGUUUAUUUCAUAUUCAAAAUAAAUUUUAGCAUAUUAUGUGUAAUUAUAUUUUGUUUCUACUAUCAAAACGCAUUCUGUUCUAUGCAAAAGUAAAUGUGCAUGUAACUUUUGCUUAACUUUUAAGCUAGAAAUAUCGAUGAAGUUAUGAGAGUCCUUGUAAUCGAGUAUCGGUGAGUCCACUAGUGAUUUAUAGUCAUUAUCGUACUGUAAUAAUUAUUAUAAUAAUUAAAUUUUAUUUUUUAUGUGCUAAAUUUAUGAAAUAUAAGACGAAGCGUUGAUAAGUCACGUGGAAGUUAAUGUGUAAAUUAUUAAAAACUUAAUUUAUUGCCGUAUCUUUGUGUAUGGCUGUUUUAACAAUAGGGUACAGUUACUAUUAUAAAAAUAUUGAGGAGAUAGCAGCAAAUUUCUUGAGCAAAUCCAAAGACAAAUAAACUUGCUCAGUAGACGUUUUUGUAUGGAAAAUUGAUACUACGCAGGCUUACUUGUCUAUGGUCGUUCUCGGUGUAUACACACCAGAAAAUAUUAAGUUUUGUAUUUUAUUAACUAUCAAAAUAUGUUUUAUUUAUUAAUUGUAUUUUAAAUGUUGUAAAGUGGUCCUUUGAGCUGGAUACAAUCCAAAGUGAGUAGUCAUUUCUGUAUUUUUUUUAA